UGUUUGACGUACCUGAGACCCGCCUUCCGGAAGGAGGCCCCAGCGGCUGACUAUGGCGACCGCCGCGGAGCAGUGGGUACUGGUGGAGAUGGUCCAGGCGCUCUACGAGGCUCCUGCUUACCAUCUUAUUUUGGAAGGAAUUCUAAUUCUCUGGAUAAUCAGACUUCUCUUCUCUAAAACUUACAAGUUGCAAGAACGAUCUGAUCUUACAGUCAAGGAAAAGGAGGAGCUGAUUGAAGAGUGGCAGCCGGAACCUCUUGUCCCUCCCGUCUCCGGAGACCAUCCUGCUCUCAACUACAACGUCGUUUCAGGCCCUCCGAGCCACAACAUUGUGGUGAAUGGAAAAAAGUGUGUAAACUUCGCCUCGUUUAAUUUUCUUGGAUUGCUGGAUGACCCUCGGGUCAAGGCAGCGGCUUUGGUGUCCUUGAGGAAGUACGGCGUGGGGACCUGCGGGCCUAGAGGGUUUUACGGCACAUUCGAUGUGCACUUGGACCUGGAAGACCGCCUGGCAAAGUUCAUGCAGACGGAAGAAGCCAUUAUCUACUCGUACGGAUUUGCCACCAUCGCCAGUGCCAUUCCUGCGUACUCCAAGAGAGGGGACAUUGUGUUUGUGGACAGAGCCGCGUGCUUUGCUAUUCAGAAAGGAUUACAGGCGUCACGUAGUGACAUUCAGUUAUUUAAGCAUAACGACAUGGCCGACCUGGAGCGACUACUGAAAGAACAAGAGAUCGAAGAUCAAAAGGAUAAGUCACGUGUCCGGUAACUGGAAGAAACAGCGGCCCAUCUUCAUUUAUGAAAGUGUGAACAGAGUGACUCUCUCUCCCUCCCGCACCUUCGCCCUGGAGCUCCGAGCAGCUCCGCCUGUGCGAGCCACCUGCCCCGCGCGACUUCCUUCCGCACCGCAGCCCGUUUACACUGCCGCUUCGCAGGCACCUGCGUGUGCAGAGACCCUUGAGGGGUGGGGGGCCGGGGGCGGAACCGGCUCCUCGGCCUUCUGAUCGGAGACGGCAACGCGGCGGACGUACGCUCAGAGCGUCUCUGGCGGGAUUGUCACGGCCCCGCGAUGGCGUGGAGGGGGACGCUGGUGCUGUCUGUGGUUCCGCGGUAGGGACCAUCGUGCACAGACCACACGGAAGCCGCAUCCUUCCUCUCAAACACCACUUGAAGAGGACUUUCCCGGUCCACCUCGGUCAUUCCCAGGGUGCCUGCUAAGGAGUGCUCCCGCGUUCCUCAAUUCUGUGUUAACUUUCAUCCUUCCAGAUACACGCAUUGUUCCUUUAAGGUUCUGGCCUCCUUGUUCAGGGGACAGCCUGAGGAGCGGCCCCUCGUGAAUAUGCACUUGUCACGAUGAAAGUGCAUAGGCUCUAGGCUCUCGCUGGUUUAUGCUGGAUUGCUGCAGGCCGGGGCUUCUUGGCUGCAGGAUUUAGAAAAAUCUGUCGGGAAAGUCUUAAAGUGGAGAGCAUUCCACUGAUGAGUUUCUUUUGACAAAUUGUAAAAAGGUGUCCCUUAUUCUGAUUCGGCAGUAGAAUGCUACCCCACUGAAGAACAGGCCUCGGCAGUGUGACCAGCGAGCGAGUCCCCUGCAGCGUUUAUUUUCUUAAGUUUGUGCUAAUUUGGAAAAGAGGUGGGGUGGGUGUGUGUGUGUGUGUGUGUGUGUGUGUGUGUGCGUGCACGCGUGCGCGUGUGUUUUGUUAGAUUUAUAAUCCUUGGAACUUUUUUUUAUGAAUAACAAAUAAAAUUAUCUUGAAUUGUGUUUCUAUUUUAUAGUUUUACCCUUUUACUAAUUAAUUUAUACCACAUUUUCCCGACAUGGGCAGGCUUUCUAAGUCACUUUACAUUUUGGUAUUUAGAAAGAAUUUUUUUUCAGUUUCAUUUUCACAUAAAUAAUAAAUGCUCAAUGUGUGAAAAAUUUCUUAGAUACUUGUCUUUUAUUUGAAAGUGACUUAAAACGUGGUUUCAUCCAGGUUCUUUUUGUCAACUUUGCAAAUAGUUCAUAGGUGUUUUUUCAUUCACUUCCGUAUAAGGAUCUCUUGUUCCAUAUUCAUUCUUCUUUUAAAAAAGGACAGUGGGCAAAAACAGCAGUUCUCAGAAGUACAAAUAGAUGUGAGCAAGUGAAAAUUGCUCAAGCCUUCCUAAUAAUUAGCAAAAUUAGGCAAAGAGCCUUCACCUAUCUGACCAGGGGACAUUUUUCAUGGUAACAAUCUGUGUCAGCACUGGUCUGGGUGAUCAAACAAAGGCCCUCCUGUAACUCUGGGGAGAGUGCCCGUCAGGACACCUUUUCCAGAGGGUACGUGGACAAAGAUAUUCCAGAAUUCUUAAAUGUCCGUACCUUUGGACCUGUAUCCGGGGUGUUGUCUUUAGAAGAGGAUCGGAAGUGGUGUUAAAGAUUAAAGAUACAACGUGAUAUAAAAAAGCAAAACGAGGGAAACAGCCUACAUCCAGUGUUGGGGAAAUAGUUAAUUUAUGGUGUAUAUACAGAUAGAAUAGUAGAUCUCCAUGGAAAUCAUGUUUAAAAAUUUUUUUUAAUAUUUAUUUCAUUUUUGAGAGAGAGACAGAGCACAAGCGGGGGAGGAGCAGAGAGUG